GGAACCAUUACCUUCUUUAAACAAGGUAUAUGCAAUGGCAACCAAGGAGGAAAGGCAACAAGCUAUAACAGCUUCAAGAGGACCAGUAAUUGAAGCCACUGCCUUAGCAACAAGAUCAAGUAUGAGUGGAAGAUUAAACAAUCCCGGAAAGGCACGGUGUGAUCAUUGCAAGAAAGUUGGCCAUACCAAAGACCGAUGCUAUAAGAUUAUUGGGUAUCCCUCAAGUUGGAAGACUGGAGGCACAAAGACAAAAGGCAAGGGUGAUGGAAAGAGAAGUCAGAGUCAUGGAAGGGAAUUAAUCUUUGCAGCUAAAGCAAACCAUGAUCCAAUAAGAACAUAUGGCAAUCCAAAUCAGUCUCCUCUUACCAGACUGACCAAGGAACAGUAUGAUCAAUUACUCACACUUCUCGGUGGUAAUUCCAUCACUCAUCAUUCGACAAACAUGGCUGGUAAGAUGCAAAUCUCAUCUUUUCCUUGGAUUAUUGAUAGUGGCGCCUCAGACCACAUGACCCCAAAUCUGUCCAGGCUUACUAAAACCAUACCUUAUGUUGCACCAGUCCACAUACCUGAUGGAACCUCCUUACAUGACCUAACCUCGAGGAAGUUGAUUGGAAUGGGUAAACUGCAUGAGGGAAUCUACUAUUGUGAAUUUGGGCAUGUUGCAGCUACUAGUCGAGUAAAGCCGAAGGAGACUGCGUCGUUUGAAUUGUGGCAUAAGAGGCUUGUAUCCAAGGAUUUCACACAAGCUGUAGCACCAUAUCCAAAUGUUGCAGGAUUAAUCUUUGAAGAACCUACACAACCCAUUGAAACCUUGCCAUCUACUGAACCUGUGUCACUUACUCAAGAUGAGCAAACCAUCGAAACCAACCAGUCCAUUGAAACCUCUGUGCAAAAUAUGGGACCUGAAGUACUGCAGUCCACUAGGCCACAACGCCAACGACAUGCUCCUAAACGCUUUCAAGACUACAAUGGAACUUGGACUCUUGAGCAAUUGCCUGCAGGGAAGAAGGUCAUCGACUCUAAGUGGCUCUACAAAAUUAAAUACAAGCCAAAUGGGACAGUGGAGCGGCUUCUCCUUGCAAUAGCAGCUAUUAGGCAUUGGGAACUCCAUCAAUUGGAUGUGAAUAAUGCAUUUUUACAAGGUGACUUACAUGAGGAAGUUUAUAUGAAGAUUCCCCAAGGAUUUACCUGUAAGGAUGGCAGUGUGUUUUGUCGACUAAGGAAGUCUUUAUAUGGCCUUAAACAAGCCUCUCGGAAUUGGUUUGAGAAGUUCACACAGUCCCUUAAGGCUGCUGGCUUUGUGCAAUCUCAAGUUGACUAUUCACUGUUUACCUCAAGCAAAGGUCAGAGUUUUGUUGCUGUUUUAAUAUAUGUUGAUGACAUUAUCAUUACAGGGAAUGAUACUGCAAGAAUUCAGGCCUUGAAACAAUAUCUGCACACAAGGUUUUCAAUUAAGGACCUUGGACCUCUGAAAUAUUUUCUUGGAAUUGAGGUGAUUCGUACAAGAGUGGGAAUUGUACUAAGCCAGCGUAAAUAUGCUCUCGACAUUCUUCAUGAAACCGGUGUUAUUGGAGCUCGCCUAAGCCACUCUCCAAUGGAGCAAAAUCAUCACUUGUCCUCUGCCAUUGGACCGCUUCACGCGGAUCCAGCCCAGUAUAGGAGGUUAAUUGGGCGACUACUCUACUUGACAAUCACAAGACCAGAUAUAUGUUACUCGGUUGGAUUGCUCACAUAGUUUAUGCAAAACCCGCGACAAGAGCACCAUGAAGCUGCUAUGAGAGUGCUGUGCUACAUUAAAGGUUUACCGGGACAAGGAAUUUUGCUACCUUCAGCAGGGCAGUGAUGCGGUGAUUAUGGAUGGUAUAAGGCGGUGAUUAUGGAUGGAAUGGUCAAAAGAAUAUUUUGUACUGAUUAGCAUUGAUUGGCAUUGUACAGUUUCCUGUAUUUCCUUUUAUUUCCUUUUCUGGUAGCAAACCCCAGCUGUAUAUAGGUGUAAUGCUGCUUAUAAUGAAAUAUAGCAUUCCAGAUUCA